GCAUAGAACGACCCCCUGUUCCAUAUGCUUCUUCCUCUGGCUCCUUCCUGUCAGCCCCGGGACAUGGUCAUAUCUCAAUCCUGAGGAUGGAAGGGGGCAACAAAAACCUCAUCCAAAAGUUUGUGUGCAAAAAACUUUCUCGGAAAGGCUUCCACCCCAGUUGCUGCACCGAUAUCCAGUCUGAGAUUUACGCGAAUGGCAGCACCCCAACAGACCAGGUCGGCACCCGCCUGGAAGAAAGCCCGCCGGUUCCCUUGACCGAAGAAUUACUGCAAGCUCUGAUGGAUGCAUCGGAAGAAUUUGAACUAAGAUAUAUACGUGCGUUUAAUGACCUUGCUUGCCAGCUGCACAUCACCCCAGACACGGCAUAUCAAAGCUUUGAGCAGGUGGUGCAUGAACUGUUUAGGGAUGGCAUAAACUGGGGGCGUAUUGUGGCUUUCUUCUGUUUUGGGGGGGCGCUGUGCUUUGAGAGCGCAGAUAAGGAAAUGGAAGAACUUCUCCCUAGGAUUAUUCAAUGGAUGGCAACAUAUUUGGAUUCUUCUUUAGAGCCCUGGAUACAACAAAACGGAGGCUGGGAAGCGUUCGUCAGUCUGUAUGGAAACGACGCCGCUGCCGAGAGCAGGAAAAGCCAAGAACGCUUCGGGAUGUGGCUCCUGACGGGAGUGACACUGGCAGGAUUCGCCCUACUGGCCUCUUAUCUCAUCCGCAGAUAGGACGAAGGGUCCCGACGUUCCGUGGAACAGCGGAGCAGAGGAGAUGGAAGGGGAAACCAGUGACUGUGUCACACAAUGAAGGCUCCACAGCCAAGGCGGAGGCCACACGCUUAUCGGAAGGCUUUGCUGUCACACAGCUGGAAACACUAAAACAUUGUUAACCAUUUUAAACCCUUUUAGAAGUUGGCUGAUCUCUGCUCCAGAAAGCAGAAAUUUAAACUGUUUCAAUAAAUAUUUUUUUUUCUUUCUGUUUCUGCCAA